GGCGGUGGCAUCGGCGGCCUCACUCUCGCCCUCGCCAUACAGCGCUUCUGCGACAUGUCCCAGCUGGACGUGCACAUCUAUGAGGCUGCCUCCCAGUUCUCCCAGAUUGGCGCCGGGAUCAACAUCUGGGGUAGGGUGCACCAGGUAUUCAACGACCUCGGCUUGGAGGCGGAUUUGGCUAGUCUUCUUCGUGCGGAUGAUAUUGGGUGUGAGCACUGGAUUUCCCUCGUAGCCCGUCUUCACUCACCUUCGGUAUCAGACUUUACAUGCCGCAAGAGCGACCAGGCGGAGGGCAAGACCUUCCGAGACGUGUACAUCGAGAACGGCAGAAUGAUGAUGCUGCACCGCGCUGAAGUGCAAGACCUACUCCUGAAGCACAUCUCGCCAGCCAUCAAGAUCCACCUCUCUCACCGCUUGGACGACUACUCCCAUAACAACCAAGCUGCGGAGAGCAUCGAGAUGCGCUUUCGGGGCGGGCAGGUGGCCCAUUGCGACUUGCUCAUUGCCGCCGACGGCGUCCACUCUGUUGUCCGUCCUAUAUUCUUGUCCAAUCUAGCAGAGCAGCUCGAUAAGCCGGAGCUGAAGGACGCGCUUGCGCCCGUGUUCAGCGGUAGCAAUGUCUAUCGUGCGCUCGUCGCGCCGGAGCAGCUGGAGGACGUGUGGCAGGGUCAUCCCGUUAUGAAGAAGCCCUUCAUCUACUGCGGGAAGGACAAGCACGUCGUGGCGUACCCCAUCUCUUGUGGUCGUGCAAUCAACGUCGUCGCAUUCUACACCGACAUGUCCAAGGAGGACACUCCGUUCGAGGGCUCGCAGAUCGGCCAGGCGACAACUGAGCAAGUGUUGAAGACCUACGAAGGAUGGGAACCCGAAGUCCGAGCCAUUCUCUCUUGCAUGCGCGACCCGUCGCAUUGGGCAAUCAUCACCCAGAAGCCACUCGAUGUAUGGGCCGCCGACGGCGUUUUUCUGCUUGGGGACUCAGCCCAUGCGAUGGCUACCCAUCUGGGCGCCGGCGCUGGUCAGGCCAUCGAGGUAAGUAUUUCCUGUGGCUCUUUGUUCUCCACCCCGCUAAUCUCGCACAGGACGCCUACAUUCUCGCGCGAAUCCUCGCGCGCGAGCAGAAGAAGGGCCCCCUUGCAGUUCUCUCCUCCGAGACCGCGUCACUCUACAACCGGCUCCGACCGCCGGUCGCCAACUUCGUGUCCGCACGCGCGAAACUUCAGAACCGCUUCUACGAGUUCAACGAGGAGGGCACUGAUCUCGGGCCACUGCAGAAGGACUCGCCUGUCUUGACGGAGACGGACCGGCUGGCAAGGAUCGGGCACGCGAUCUGGGACGGGUUCCAUUGGCGGGAGCAUCCUGUGGUAAAGGAGACGGACGCAAAGGUCGCAAGAGCUCUAGACUCGUGAGCGACUAGGGACAUUCGUGCAUACUCUCAAUCUGUGUAGUGGAAGACAACAACAUGAAUUUGCUCGAUUCCCGCUCCUUACAAGU